AAAUAGCCAAAAUUUCCCCUUUUCGCAGUUCCUCGUCACAGCGGAGGGAGUACCGAGGCUACUAAUUCACGAUAUACGUAAGGAUAUUCCUUAUAUUUGUUUCGUCAUUUGCUUGCAGAGAUAUUUGGAAGUCGUGGACGCUGAUAUAUACCGUAGUUUCGGUUUUCAUUUCACUCUCAUAGAAAUUAUUCUCCCAAGAAUUCGCAUUUCCUGUGACAUUCUAUGUACAGAAGCGAAGACACGUGAUAUUAAAUAACAUAAGUAUAUCAUUGACUGAGAAAGCCAUACAAUAUGGUUGUUAGGUUAAAAAAGUUAUGUUUUUGCCAGUUUUAACCAGCUAAAGAAAAGCUUUAGACAUGCCGUGAGUGAUAAACAUCGGUUGCUUAUUGGGAGAUGGUAAGUGAAAAUGAUGGAAGACACAGACAACUUAGGACUACAACUUGCUGAUGCAUUUAAGAAUGGAGAUGUGGAAAAGGCAAAAAUGUGUGUGAGGGAUUUGUCACAGGCAAAGGUACAAUGUGUCAUUGAUUUGGAUACAAAAAGUGUGAAUGGCAUUGGAAAAGAACAGGAAAUCAGUAUCAAGGUUCAUGUAGAAGACCGUAACAGAUCUGGGGACUUUGUUUUAUUACUGAAGGUGAAACUCAGUGAUACUGUUCAACAUCUGAAAGGAAAAAUGUUGCUGAAGUACAGAUUUCCCAAGGAGGUACAAAAGUGGGUGAUAAACAAGCGUGUUGGGUCUGACCAGGAAUCCCUGAGGAGACUGGGUGUCCGGGACGGGGAUACCGUGUAUCUGUAUCUCAUGUCAGCCAAAUCUGUUGGACUAAAAAAGGAGGAGUUUGACAGGAAAUUGGAACUUCUCAUCAUGAAUCCAGAUGGAGGACCUCCUACUCCAGAAACACCCAUGUCUAAUGCCUCGAUGCGCUCAUUCCCUCCAAGUCGGCAGAGAUCAAGUCAGAGCCAGGGAAGUGAUAGGUCCUCUCUCAACCAAUCACAAUUAAACCUGAGUGAAGAGAUAUCUUGGCCACCAAGGUCACAGGAAGGUCAAGGGUCACCAUCAAUGUCAGGUCAGAUGCCAAAGCAGCCAAGUCAGCAUCCCCCUGAUUUGUACGAACCCAUCCAGGAUCCCAUUGCUGCCCAAGACAAAGGGCUAGAGGAAGGUGAAUGGAGUUGUCCAGCAUGCACAUUUCACAAUAAACAACAAACAAAAGCUUGCCUCAUGUGUGCCUAUGAUCGUCCAGACUCGUACCAGAUCCCCACCAUAGGGAGACCAGAAGUGAACCGAUCUAUAGGUGAUGAGGCUGCUGAUGGAGGAAAAGGACUUAUGAGCUUGCCAAUGACUGGAGUAUAUAAAAAUAUAAAAGUUUUGCUGAAAAGGAAAACCUCAACUCUUGAUUUAAUCAGUUGGAUGAAGAUGGCAUACAAUGCCCAGGUGAUGAGAAGUAAGGAGUUUAUCAGGACGGUAGUGACGUGUGUGUGUGAAGAUGCCAUCAAUAAGAUCGACACUGUACACUUUGUGGAUCAGCACAAGAUCUUGGACCGUGAUUUGUUAUUACUGGAGGUGCUGGAUAACCAGGAGUCCAGGAUGGUAGAGGCUCUGUUUGCCUUACAGAAUCUGUUCCACAAACUCAACUACCCUGAAGGAAUUCUGCAACGAUUGUUUGAGGUGAUGUUUAACGAAGGAAUUAUUUCACUUGAGGCAUUCAAUACGUGGGAGCGGAGUUACGAUGAAUCUCAGUCUAAAAUCAAAGCUCUGUAUGAUACACAAACAUUCCUAAAUGACCUGCAUACAGAUGCUGAAUUUGAAUUUGACUGAACAUUUUAAACUGUAAUUUUAGAUAAUAAAGAUAUAACAGAAGUCACACUUACAGAGAUAAAACGUUAUUGUUUAUCUCUAACAGAUGGUCGUCAUUUAUGUGUAAAGUUCCAGGGCUUCAUCAAACACUUGCUUGUGUCUUUCUCAACUCCAUGAGGAGCAUACAACCAGAGCUGCAAUUAUUGUGUUAACAGCUUACACACGACAUGUCCAGCGCUGCCCUACCACAUACACAUUUACAGCUGACUCGCCCAGAACACAACAGAGUAAAGUAUCUUGUUUAAGGAUACAACACAGUGCCCUUACCUGGACUCCAUCUUCGGCCAUGUAGACCACUGCGCCUCCAAUGACUACCAGUUAAUAAUUUGUGUGGAAGUUUAAAUGACUAGUACUCAUCUGACAGAUGAUACUGUUGUAACUAAAAGAUGACGCACAACUGGUAAACCUUUCCAUUGGUUGUACUAACUAAAACCUGCUUCAAUUUCACAAAAUUUUAUUCAAUAGAGAAAAGGAUUUAACAACAGGCAUAUGCCUAUAUAAGUUAUCUCCUUGUAACAAAGUGUAUAUACAUAUAUAAUUAUAUAAAAUUGUUAAUUUAAUAGAAUUAAGUAAUUCCAAUGCAAUAAAGAUAUUACUUAGUACAUAUAUAAUAUAAUAUGGUAUGAAUAUGUAAUUUGAGUAGUAAGGACAAUUCUAUGAUUAUUAUUAAUAACAGUUGGCUUGUCUUAAAUGUAUUUUCAAUUUGUAUAAAUUUUGGAGGAUUUAGAAUACAUUAUCCAAGACAUAAUCCAUCCACCCAUGGGAUACAGACCUAAAAAGUCCAUACUGGCUUACUAGCCAUUGGUCAUCCACCCAUGAGUUUUUGGAUUAAGUUAUGGAUACUAUAUUCAGUCAUGGACAAAUAUAUUGUAGAAUAUGGAAGAAAAGAAAUUUAGUAGAAUGGUAUUAGUGGACUGAUAUUGUCCUUACUUAUUUCAUAAUCAAUUGAUUUGAUUCAGAGCUAUGUAAUAUUUCAUAUGUAAUACUUGGAAUAUAUUAUUAUAAUAUGUUAAGUAUUACAAAUUUCAUGCCAAUCAGAAAAAAGGGGGGAGGGGUAGGUGACCAUAUAUAGGGCUUAAUAAGGAAAGAAAGAAAUUGCAGAUCGCAGAACAAUAAUGGGGUUUAAUCUAUAGUAAAAAUCUAUUGGUGGCUCUAAUGAACUCAAUGACAUUAUCAAAUAUAUUUAAGUUAGUUAGUUUAUUACAAGUUUCACAGCAAGACAAAAAUAUAUUUAAAUUAUAAUGAUUAUGAUUUAAAUUGAAUAAUUGUUCUUAGUAUUCUUCGGGGUUCCUCAUAUUUACUACAAGUUAAGAAAAAAUGUUCUUCUGUUUCAUGGGCGUUUCCACAUGUACAUACUGGAGAUUCAGAAAGAUGAUCUCUGUGUAAGUCAGAGUUAAGAUUACUCACAUUAUUUCUUAAUUGACAAAGAAGUAUAUUGUUUUUCCUGGUACCAGCAUUAAAAUAGGCAUAAUUAAUAUUUUCGAAUCUGAUGUCACUUAAAUGCAUAUUUAAAAGUUUUUUAAACUGAUAAAUUGAUGUAAUACUGGUAAGGUCACACCUUGCUGCAAGUUCAUUAUAAUCUUUCAAUGUGGCUGGAAUAAAACUUUUUGCGUAGAUAUUGGUUCUGCAUAAUGGAAUAGUAAACAUUCUAUCAUUACGUAAUAAAUAUGGAUUUGCAUUAGUAAAGUACGGCUCAAUUAAUUCAUUCAGAUAAGUUGGUGUAGUUCCACAGAGAAUUUUGUAAAGGAGUAUUAAUCUAUGUUUUUUCCGUCUUGCAGCAAGGGUGUCCCAACCAAGUUCACAGUAAAGUUUAUAAUGAGAGGUUCCCUUACGCAGUCCUGUAAUAAUACGGGCAGCUUCUAUUUGUAUUGAUUCAAGAAGUUUUGCUUCUUCUUGCGUACAGUUAUCAAAAAUAAUAUCACCAUACUCUAAAAUGGGUCUAAUAUAAGAAGUAUACAAAGUCACCAAGGUUUUUCUACUCAUUUUAUAUUUUACUGACUUUAGUAAAUUAAGACGUUUACAUGCUUUAUUAUAGAUAUAGUCAAUGUGAUGAUGCCAUUUACCAUCUGCCAUCAAGGUGUUUAUGUGAUGUAACAUUUGAUACGAUUUCAUUUUGAAAUAAAAUAUCAGGACUAAUUAUAUUCCUUUUACGACUAAAA